GCCUAAGCAGUGUCGUGUCCAACAUGUUACGGCAAUGACCGAGGCCGCGUGCUUUUGACAGACGAACCCAUGGCAGAAGCACGACCUCCGUUGUCAUGCGCCUACUUUGGGACCAAGGAAGAGCUAUUGUUUAUAUAUCUUCUGGUUCCUGCAAGAUGCUGGUCCACUGUGCAUUGCAGAUUUUCAUUCUUUUCUCCAGUAUAAUUUAUAUUCUUACGACCAGGGCAAGACCCUGCAGGAAGCUCAUAUUAUAAACGUCGAAACUAUGGGUUACGGCGGAUCUUUGACCCUUUUAAAUGGGUCACCUUUCGACUGGACGCUGAGCGGCCAACAUGCAUAUCAGAUGGAUACCUGGAGCUGGCCGACGAUAAGCGCAGGCAAAGCGGCAAAAGUCCAGGUCACAUUUGGAACGAAGGGACAUACUGGUGAUGACGCUGGUGAAGCAUAUUACAAGCUCGCUGGAACAUCCAAUACGUUCCAGGUCCAGGCUCGUAAACCAUCGGGUUAUAAAUUAACGAUUAACCUAGAUGGGAUGUCAACAAAGACCAGUCAGAAAGGAUCCAACAUCGAUCUAGGCUUUAGACACGAUGCUGCGGUGAACUUCAUCGUAUCACAGGAUGAGGCUGGGCAGUUUUGGUCGAAUACCGGAACUACGACAGACUGGAUGCAGCAGGGGUUGGGCUCUCUCGGGAACAGAACACUCAAACAGAUAUGUAUGCCUGGAUCUCAUGAUGCUGGAAUGAGCACCUACAAACCAGGGACAAUUGGUGCAAACUUUGCGAAUACACAAGCACAAUAUCUCGACCUUUAUCAACAGCUCAUGACAGGAUCACGUUACUUCGACCUACGACCUGUCAUCUCAAAUGGGCAAUGGGUGUCUGGACAUUAUUCUGAAGUCGAAGGAGUGUGGUUGGGUGGUAAUGGUCAGUCGUUGUCGGAUAUGGUCAAACAAAUCAAUGAUUUCACCUCUCAGUACAAGGAACUCAUUAUCAUCAAUCUAAGCCACACCCUUGACACGGACAAUGACUACAAGAACCUCUCCCAGGAUCAGUGGAACAAGCUGUUCGACACGCUCAAAGGCAUCAACAAUCGACAUGCCGUCAGUAAUCCAGGCAAGACAGACUUUACCAACACAGUCCUAAGAGAGUUCAUACAAGACCGCGCCUCCGUCUUCAUCUUCGCACAACUUCCAAAUGGCAUCUCCCUUGGUGAUUAUGCCAAUCAAGGCUUCUUCAUGCAGGACAACUUUCCUAUAUUUGACUCGUACUCAAACUCUAACAACGCUGGAACCAUGGAAAAGGACCAGCUCCAGAAAGUCAAAGACAACCGGAAUCUCGUAGCAGACGCCGGCCAACGUAAAGACAGAUUUCACAUACUCUCCUGGACCCUGACACAGCAGCCGGAAGACGUCCUAAACCCAGACAAAGCCAUCAUGAACCUCGGAGCAUCCGUCUUUGAUGACCUGAUCAGCAAUGCUUACAACUCCUUUACCCCACAAUCCUUCCCGAACGUGCUUUUCGUCGACGCGCUAGGCAUACGAGACAAGCCUGUCAUUUUUCCGUUUGACAAACCGGUGUCUGUGGGAACGAAUUUUGACAUCGCUGCACUCGCCAUCGCAGUCAACAACGGCAUGGCGGGCCGUAAUAGUUACAUCACUGGAAGAACAUGAGACGCUGGCCAAACUAGAUUUGUUUUCCUCGUUUCGAUCACCCUAUAUCUAAUAAUUGAAUUAAAGACUUUCUCUUCAACGAAAAGUGUGUCGUAUUCGGGAAUGCAUGAUGCAAGACCAAGGUUUUUCCCUGAGUUGUUGAUGCAUCGCUGUCGCUGGACCCGACACGGUCCGGCUCAGCGAAGGGGAAGCGCGCGAUGACCUUCUCACACUGCACUCUAUAGGUGGUGACGAAGUCG